GGACAACCUUUUUCACCUUUAAAGAGGGGUCCUGCGCUGCGAGCUCAAGCUUCUCUUUUCUCUUUUCCCUUCAGCUUGGUCUCGACGCCUGACCUUGUUGCCAUUGUCUUUUCUUCUUUGCUUUCCUUUUCGGCGUACUAACCUCUCCACUCACCAGUACAUCAUGGCGGACCACGAAAAGGACCUCGAGAACGGCGACCCCAAGCGCGAAAGAAUAUCCUUCGCCGACGGAUGGGAUCCCGAUAAGGAUGAAGGCGAAUAUGCCAACCUGAUCCGCUUCAUUUCCACCUACCGUGACCGCAGAUUCAGCAAAGCUCCUUCUCAGGUCUCCAAGGAAGAUGUCGGUGAUGCCACACAACCCAAGAAGUUGCCCUUCUACAAGAGGUGGUUUAGCAAAGGUGGUGGCGCAGGCGAACUCUACGAAGUCCCCGAGGAUUGGCUCACCACCGACAUCAAGCAGGGUCUGUCCUCUGCUGAGGUUGAAGCAAGAAGAAGAAAGUGCGGUUUCAAUGAGUUGACGACGGAGAAGGAGAACAUGUUCUUGAAGUUCCUCGGCUAUUUCAGAGGCCCUAUUCUCUAUGUUAUGGAACUUGCUGUCUUGCUCGCCGCUGGUCUGCGUGACUGGAUCGAUUUCGGUGUCAUUAUCGGCAUUCUGUUGCUUAACGCCGUCGUGGGUUGGUACCAAGAGAAGCAAGCUGCCGAUGUCGUCGCCAGCUUGAAAGGUGACAUUGCCAUGAAGGCUGAAGUCGUUCGUGAUGGUCAAGAGAUGGAAAUCAAGGCUCGUGAACUUGUUCCCGGUGAUAUUCUCAUUCUUGAAGAAGGUGCCGUUGUUGCUGGUGAAUGCCGCUUGAUCUGCUCUUACGACAACCCUGCCGGCUUCGAGGAAUACAAGGAGAUGAUCACCGAUCCAGAAGGCUACCAUUCCAAGAACCACACCGACUCUGAUGAUGAUGAGGAACACCACAUUGGUACUUCCAUUGUCGCAACUGAUCAGUCUUCCAUCACCGGAGAAUCCCUUGCCGUCGACAAGUACAUGGGUGAUAUCUGCUACUACACAACCGGCUGCAAGCGAGGCAAGGGCUAUGCUGUCGUCACCGAGUCCGCUCGCGGCUCCUUCGUCGGCAAGACCGCGUCCUUGGUUCAAGGUGCUACCGACUCUGGUCACUUCAAGGCUGUCAUGGACUCCAUCGGUACGGCGCUUCUCGUCUUGGUCGUCUUCUUCAUUCUUGCCGCAUGGAUUGGUGGUUUCUUCCACAACAUCAAGAUUGCGACUCCUGAGGAUAGCUCCAUCACUCUGCUCAGCUACGCACUUAUUCUUCUUAUCAUCGGUGUCCCCGUUGGUCUGCCUGUCGUCACCACCACCACUCUGGCUGUUGGCGCCGCCUAUUUGGCCAAGCAAAAGGCAAUCGUCCAGAAACUGACUGCUAUCGAGUCUUUGGCUGGUGUCGAUGUCCUCUGCUCAGACAAGACCGGUACUUUGACUGCUAACCAGCUGACUAUCCGUGAGCCAUACGUGGCUGAGGGUGAAGAUGUCAACUGGAUGAUGGCAUGCGCAGCUCUUGCGUCUUCCCACAACCUGAAGGCUCUUGACCCUAUCGACAAGAUCACCAUUCUCACUCUCAAGAUAUACCCCAAGGCUCGUGAGAUCUUGCAACAGGGCUGGAAGACGGAGAAAUUUACACCCUUCGAUCCUGUCUCCAAGCGUAUCACCACCAUCUGCACUCUCAAGGGUGAGAAAUGGGCUUUCUGCAAAGGUGCACCCAAGGCUGUCCUGUCCAUUGCUGAAUGCGAUGAGUCUACUGCUAAGCACUACCGUGACACCGCGGCUGACUUUGCUCGCCGUGGUUUCCGAUCUCUCGGUGUUGCAUCCAAGCGUGGCGACGAGCCAUGGAAGGUCAUCGGCAUGUUGCCCAUGUUCGACCCUCCUCGUGAAGAUACCGCUCACACCAUUCUGGAAGCUCAAAAUCUCGGUCUCAGCGUCAAGAUGUUGACUGGUGAUGCCAUCGCCAUUGCCAAAGAAACCUGCAAGCUCCUCGCUCUCGGCACCAAAGUUUACAACUCUCAGCGUCUGAUUGCUGGUGGCGUCACUGGCUCUGCUCAGUAUGAUCUCGUGGAGAAGGCCGACGGUUUCGCUGAAGUCUUCCCUGAGCACAAAUACCAGGUCGUCGAGAUGUUGCAACAGCGUGGUCACUUGACUGCUAUGACUGGUGAUGGUGUCAACGAUGCUCCUUCUUUGAAGAAGUCCGACUGCGGUAUCGCCGUCGAAGGUGCCACUGAAGCCGCUCAAGCCGCCGCCGACAUUGUCUUCUUGGCCCCUGGUCUCAGCACCAUCGUUGACGCUAUCAAGGUCGCCCGACAAAUUUUCCAGCGUAUGAAGGCUUACGUGCAAUACCGUAUUGCUCUUUGCUUGCACUUGGAACUUUACCUGACCACAUCCAUGAUCAUCAUCAACGAAACCAUCCGUACUGAUUUAAUUGUCUUCUUGGCUUUGUUUGCCGAUCUUGCCACCAUCGCCGUCGCCUACGAUAACGCUCAUUACGAACCCCGACCUGUCGAAUGGCAACUCCCCAAGAUUUGGGUCAUCUCGGUCAUUCUCGGUUUCCUUCUCGCCAUUUCCACCUGGAUUAUGCGUGGAACUUUCUAUCUGCCAUCUGGUGGUUUGGUUCAAAACUUCGGCAACGUUCAACUUAUGCUCUUCCUCCAAGUCUCACUGGUUGAGAACUGGCUUAUCUUUGUCACCCGCGGUGGAAAGACGUGGCCGUCAUGGAAGUUGGUUGGCGCCAUUUUCCUCGUUGAUGUUAUUUCUACCCUAUUUUGUAUCUUCGGCUGGCUCCACGGCGGUCUACACGAGUUCAACACCAUUCCCAAGGAUUCAUUCCAGUCAAACAACUACAGCGUCCAGACCUCGGUCGUCACCGUUGUCGUUAUCUGGUGUUACUCUAUCGGUGUCACCAUCGUUGUUGCCAUUGUCUACUUCCUGCUCCUGAGCAUCAAGUGGAUCGACAACCUUGGCCGUGACUCCCGCAGCCACGCUGAUACCCACAUGGAGAACAUCCUCUCUCACCUCAGCCGCGUCGCCAUCGAGCACGAGACAGAUGUCCACGGCAAGACCAAGUGGGUCCUCGGCGCAAGAGGCACUGGCGAAGAGGAGGAAGAGUAGGGAGGUGUCUCCUGGUCUCGACUUAUCUCGCUGUCUGAAGGUGUCAGCUCCAGACACAUUUGAGUCCAAAAUCUCGAAGAUAUGUCGCCUGGACUCCGGAAUGUGGAGAAGGUGUCCAUGGCAAGGCGUAUCUUCCCCUUAUGUCCUAAUUUGAGAGCUUAAUUCGUGCAAGCUAAAACACAUGGGAUGGGCGGUGGAAGAGAAGUCCGAUUAGCCUUAUUUCUCAUGUAUUAGUUUACACAGACACGAAAGUCGCAUAAACAGAAAUACCCAGAAAAACAGUUCCACACAAAAA